CCGCCGAAAGCAUGCCGCAUGCCUUCAAGCCCGGGGACUUGGUGUUUGCCAAGAUGAAGGGCUACCCGCACUGGCCGGCCCGGAUUGAUGACAUUGCUGAUGGUGCCGUGAAGCCCCCACCCAACAAAUACCCCAUCUUCUUCUUUGGAACGCAUGAAACGGCCUUCCUGGGACCCAAGGACCUGUUCCCCUAUGACAAGUGCAAGGACAAGUACGGAAAGCCUAACAAGAGAAAAGGCUUCAAUGAGGGGCUCUGGGAGAUCCAGAACAACCCCCACGCUAGCUAUCGUGCACCUCCGCCUCUGUAA